UGUAUGGAUUCUAGUCGCUCGCCGCCAGGGUCGCGCUGUGCCCGGGAGAGAGUCGCAUCGCAUCCGUUGCGUUUGGGCGUCAAGGCGUCGCCAUCCGAGCUGCAGCGGCUUCGCGGCCGCGGCGCCCGGGCUCCAGUCAGAAAUCCCGAGUUGAAGCGGGGCCGGGUCAGGGACGGCACUCGCAGCACAGGGGACGGCUCAUCGACCAUGACGACGACACCGACAAUGACCACAAACCCUCCGGGAAAGAUCGUGAACCCUCCUCCCCCCGAGACCACGCGGCCAGGGGCCCCCUACCAGCUCACCAACCAGCUGCAGUUCAUGCAGCGCAGCGUGCUCAAGGUCUUGUGGAGACAUCACUUCGCCUGGCCUUUCCUUCAGCCAGUGGAUGCGGCUGCACUCAACUUGCCGGACUACCACAAGAUUAUAAAACAACCCAUGGACAUGGGGACCAUCAAGCAGCGGUUGGAAAGCAGCUACUACUGGAGUGCCAGCGAGUGCAUCAGUGACUUCAAGACCAUGUUCAACAACUGCUACGUGUACAAUAAGCCUGGUGAUGACAUCGCGAUUAUGGCUCAAGCUCUUGAAAAGGCGUUCCUCCAGAAGAUCACAGAAAUGCCAGUGGAGGAGACGCCUGUCACUACAGGCGCCGCCAGAGGACGGGGGCGAAAACCUGCAGCUCCAAAGUUGGUUGGGGUUCCUCCUCCAUUACUGGUCCAUGGGCCACCAGUUACCACAGCAACCAGCGUCAACCCCAGCACUGCGACACACAUAAUACCCAGGGUGAGGAAAGGCAUCAAAAGGAAAGCGGACACUACAACGCCCAGCAUGCUCCCGGCUCCCGGAGGGCCCGCGGCAUCCGGAGGGCGAUGCCUGACGGCGCCGGGCAUCAACAGCGAGGAGAGCUCCCCGAACGUGGCACACAGCACGCUGCCUGCUGCGACCCCCGUGGCGGCUCCUGGCAUUGGUGGGGCGCAGAGGGAGGCGGCGGGGGCAGCCCAGGGCUGCGUGAAGCGGGAGCGGGGUGGCCCGCGAGUGAUCAAGCCCCCGCGGAAAGAGAUAUCCAUGGCCAACGUGGCGGUGGUCGCGUGCGCGGGCACGGGCGCGGGCGCGGGCGCAGGAGUAGGAGUAGGGGGCACGCACGUCAGUACCCAGCGCAGCAGAAGCCGCCCGUCAGCGCAGCUUCGCUACUGCGGCUCGCUGCUCAAGGAGCUCAUCAGCAAGAACCAUGCCGCGUACGCCUGGCCCUUCUACAACCCCGUCGAUGCGCGUGCCCUUGGCCUCCACGACUACCAUGAUAUAAUCAAGCAUCCCAUGGACUUGGGCACCAUCAGGCGGAAGCUGGAAGCCCGCGAAUACGCAAGCGGUCAAGAGUUUGCGAGCGACGUGCGACUCAUGUUUUCCAACUGCUACAAAUACAAUCCGCCCGAGCACGACGUGGUGGCUAUGGCCCGCAAACUGCAGGACGUGUUUGAGAUGCGAUUUGCGAGGAUGCCCGAUGACCCAGUCGACCCCCCGCCCCCCUCGGCGAGCGGUCAGCCUGCCAGGAUGCCGGCGGCCGUGCGGAGCCUGUCGCCCGGCAUUUGUCGCCACGUGAACCACUCCAACGACACAUGCUCGCUCGGAAACAGCUCCGCAGACGGCAGCAGCAUCGCCUCUGAUGAGGAGGAUGAGGACAUUGAUGAUCACAACAGCAUCGUUAAAAAUGUGGUGCGAGCCAGGGAGAGCUCGGGGAGCGUGGAGUCGGGCAGCGAGGAAGACCGGACUCACCGCUUGGUGCAGCUGCAGGAGCAGCUGCGAGCCGUGCACGAGCAGCUGGCCGCGCUGUCCCAGGCGCCCCUCGUGAAGCCUCGCAACAAGAAGCGGGAGAGGGAGCGCGAGAGGGAGCGGGAGCGCGAGAGGGAGCGCGAGCGGGAGCGGGAACGGGAGAGGAAGGGGCGACGACGAGAGAGGGAACGGGGCCGAGAGGUAGCGGCAUCUAAGAAGCACUUGAAAAGAGGAACUGCCGGCCUCCCAGUAAAGCCGCUGCGGAAACCGCGCCGAUCCGUAACGUCCUCGGGGAGCGCGUUGACGCCGACCUCCACGUCCUCGUCGACUCUACCCGUGGCAGGCGGCGGGGGGGCCCUGGGAGGUGCGGGGAUCGGGGGGUCACUCUCGCAGCCUCCGCACCACAACCAGGGCCGCGCGUCGGAUGACUUGUUCGACUUCCCGGCGAGCGAUGCCCCCUCCUUGCCGCAGAGCAAGUCGCCAAUGUCGUACGAAGAGAAGCGGCAGCUGAGCCUGGACAUCAACAAGCUGCCGGGCGAUCGCCUGGGCCGCGUGGUGCACAUCAUCCAGGCACGGCAACCGUCGCUGCGCGGCUCCAACCCCGAUGAGAUCGAGAUCGACUUCGAGACGCUCAAGGUGUCGACGCUGCGCGAGCUGCAGAGAUACGUGGGCGCCUGCCUGCGAAAGCGGGCGCAGCGCGCCGCGCCGCAGCAGCAGCAGCACGGCAAAGGGAAGGCGCGCGGAGAUUCAGGCGAACGGAAACCGCCGAACCGAGCAGCCGCUGUGAAGAAAGCGGAGGUGCCCGAGCCCCAGGAGACAUCUGUGCAGAGCGGCAGUUCUGCCUGCGAGUCCGAGUCGGAAUCGGAAAGCGAGAGCAGCGCCAUCGGGCGUGUGAGCUACCCUCUGGUGGAGAGCAGUACCCACAUGCAUGCGAAUGAAAGCAACGUGUCAACAGAGCAGAUGACCGCAUUACCGGGAGAAUCGAACGAGAGGCUCCCGCACUCCUACGUGGUGUCCACGGCAACCACCCUCCCCGUCACUCCAGCGUUCCACAGCAGCCUUCCGCCCCAGCCCUCGCGACCGAGCACGAAAGCCGCCCCCCGACCUCCGAAAGCGCAGAGCUCCGGCUCGCUGGCCCCGUACACGCAGAGCCCCGUCCCUCUCCCCGCGGCGGCGGCGGCAGCGGCGGCGGCACCGCCGCCCGCCUCUCUUCGCGCCGCCGCCCCCCCGUGCCUGCCCGAGGCGCCCCCCGCGGCGCCAUACGCUCGGCACGCCACGGCGCUCGCGCCCGGCGCGCCUCCGGCGCACGCGCAGCAGCUCGACGAGCCGCAGCGCGGCGCGUCGCGUCCGGCGGCGGCGGCGGCGGCGAUGGCGGCGAGCUCCCACGCGGCACUCUCGCCGGACCUGCGGCUCUCCCAGGGUCGCCCUGCGCGCUCGGACGCGCCGCGCGUGCUCUCUCCCGGCACGGUGGCGCCGCAGUUACAGCACCAGGGCCUCCACGCGCCGCACGCGGCCGGCGCGCAGCUGCAGCAUGCGCAGAGCAUGCUGGCGCACGGCGCGAGUUGUCACGCGUCGGAGGUCACGCACGACGCCUUGCGGCAGCACGCUCGCCAGGGCGACCAGACGGAGCGCCUGGCCUCUCAAGAUGUGCUCCAGCAUCAAGAUCAAGAGGCGUACGCCCACAAUCCUUUGGAACAGCAGCCCGUCUUCGCUUCGAUGGAGCACAUGCAACAGGACUAUUCCCAGGGUUCCUUGCCUCAGCCACCGCAGCAGAGCGCUCCGUUCACGCAACACUCGUUUCACCAGACGUUCUCCCAGAGCGAGUUGCAGCACGACGCGGCGUCCAGCCAGGACGGCGCGCACGGCGUCAUCUCCCCGCUGCGCGACUCGUCCGAGUUCUCCGAGUUUGGGAGCGAUGGGCCGUUCUCGCACGGCGUGCUGGGCGGCUCGCAGGACAGGAUGAGCUUUGACGCCUUGUCCGGCGACGCUUUCGGGGUCGGCCGCGCCCUCUCGCCCCUCAGCCUCAGCUCCCCACAGUCCUCGCCGGGAUUGGACGGGCUGCAGAGAAUCCUGGAUGAGCACGUGCGCACUCCGUCGCCGUCAGGCCUGCACGAGGACACAGCGUUCUUAUUUGGAGUCCCGGAGCCAGAAAAGCCAAAGCUUGCUGCUCCUCCUGGUCAGCCCCAGAAGGAUGUGAAAAUAAAGAACAUGGGUGGCUGGGCCAGCCUGGUGAAGAUGGUUGCCCCGGUGGCCUCGUGUGGCGGCGGCGGCGGUGGUGGCGGCAGCGGCGGCGGAGGAGUCGGGGCAAGCGGUGGAGGAGGCCGAGCGGCCAACGAGAGCUUUGAGCAGUUCAAGAGGGCAGCGCGGGAGAAGGAGGAGCGCGAGAGGAGGGAGCGUGAGAGGGGGGAGUACAAGCGCAUGCAACUGCAGCACUCUGAGAAGGAGCAGCGACAAAGAGAUCGGGAUGAGGAGGAGUCUAUGGAGUGUCCACGUGGGGCACAGGAGGUGACGAGGCAAGAGCAGCAACAGCUCGAGAAGAUUGAACUGGAGCACCACGUGCAGGCCAUGCACACAGACAUGGACAUGCAGCAGCAUCAUCAGCAGCAGCAGCAGCAGGCUCCACAUGAUUUGCAUAAGCAGCAGGCCGCGAAGGAGCGGGAGAGGGAGAUCGCGAGGCAGCGGGAGCAGGAGAGGCGAAGGAGAGAGGCGCUGGCAGGAACCAUUGAUAUGAAUUUCCAAAAGGACCUCAUGGCAACAUUUGAAGAAAACCUCUUUUGAUUUGCGAGUGACGGCCAACGGAGUCUGUGGAACCGGGACAUGAGAUCCGCUCGUGAACCUGGACACAAGCUCCGGUCGUGAACCUGGACACGGCUCCGCUCGUGAACCGGGACACGAGCUCCACUCGUGAACCGGGACACGAGCUCUGGUCGUGUCCAGGUUCACGAGCUCCACUCGUGAACCUGGACACGGCUCCACUCGUGAACCGGGACACAAGCUCCAGUCGUGAACCUGGACACGGCUCCGCUCGUGAACCUGGACAUGAGUUCCGCUCGUGAACCUGGACACGAGCUUCACUCGUGAACUUGGACACGAGUUCCGCUCGUGAACCUGGACACAAGCUCCACUCGGGAAGCGGGACAUGAGUUCCGCUCGUGAAGCGGGACACAAGUUCCCCUCGUGAACCUGAACACAAGUUCCCCUCGUGAACCUGAACACAAGCUCCACUCGUGAACCUGGACACGAGCUUCACUCGUGAACCUGGACCCAAGUUCCGCUCGUGAACCUGGACACAAGCUCCGCUCGUGAACCUGGACACGAGCUUCACUCGUGAACCUGGACACGAGCUUCACUCGUGAACCUGGACACAAGCUUCACUCGUGAACCUGGACACGGCUUCACUCGUGAACCUGGACACGGCUCCACUCGUGAACCUGGACACGGCUCCGCUCGUGAACCGGGACACGGCUCCGCUCGUGAAGACGAUACAGCCGACCUGGUUAUUCGCGAGGGGGCACAAACGUUAUGCAACUCCGUCGGGAGGCAUCGGACCGGACCGCCAACAGCCGAUCAGAGGACGUCUUACACUGACAUUGCUCAUAACCGAUUACCGUGAUGGCGCCGCACAUGGAUUCGCAGUGUUUGGUUUGAGCAGCUUAGCCGCUGGGAUGUAACCAAAAUGUUUCCCUUUGAACAUUGGAGUGAUGUGUGCAGUCUCUGACCACUGACAUGCGCAGACUUGCAUCGUCGUAGGCUUUGAUUUUCAGGUGUGCACUAAGAUGUAAAUGAUGCCACAUAUGACUGCACUAACAUAUCGACUCCUAUCAGAGCAGUGGGGAACAGCUGCACCAGGUCGCAAGUCCCACGCGGGAGAGUACCUCUGGUGCCAGAGCGCUUUACAACCGGUGGGCAGCUCCCCCAAGGCUGCUCGAGCCACAGUUUGAGUGGUAUUAUUGGUCCAGGGGGAUGAGUUUGGUGAAGUCAAAAUUGAAGGGUGGGUGGAGCGUUCUUGCCUUUAGGGCGGAGGGAAGCGAGUUUUGGUGAGGGACACGUCUGUUCGAGGGAGGAAAGGGUUUGUAAGUGGAUGUGCCAUUGCGAGAAUCCCUGCAAUUGCACAUCCACUUUUCUGCCACCAGAAAUAAACGUUUUUUUUAUUUCGUUGAGACCAUCCCAAAGUUUGAUUUUGCAAUCAUGUUACUUGAGUACACCUUCGAAUGAGAGUCUUCUCUGCAAGGCCACAUAAAACAUGGUUACUUCUCUACCGGUGAAUGCCAAGCAAACCAAAGUGUGUGUCCAUAAGUGAUCCUGUCCGGAUAGCGGCUGGCAUUCAUGGCCAUGUAACAGGUGAAGAAAAGAAACACAAUUAUUUUCUCACUGAGAGGGGGGAAAAAAAAGAGUCGUGAAUUUACCGCUACGAUUCUUUGCGCAAAAGCUUCAUGUUGUGCUAUUGGGACGAGAAAUUGAUUACAUUUUGCAUCUAAUUCAUGGAGCUCAAGUCAGCGUGUGGAUAAACACGCACGCGCCUAAGAAACCCCUCGGCGUUUGGUUUGUCGCACCGUUGAGUCGCAUCGCCCCCUCUGCCAGACUCACGGCUUCACUGGGACGAUUGGGCAGUGAGGACAAUGCCCCUCACAUUACAAUGACCCCCCUCCCCCCACUGGGGCUGUGCACCGCAGUGGUUUUUGAAAAUGGGAGCGGCUUCGUUGGGUUUGCCGGCAGUCGGAUGUCUAAUAUAUGCACGGAUCCUCCUCCUUCACGUUGACUGCUCAGUGGCUCUUGAUCCAAUCACGCCCGACUGCUCUCGUAGAGUGUGACCACGCUGCGACUUGGCUGACCAUGUGCUGCCUCUUUAAACGAACAACGCCGCAGCUACGUUGCCCUGACGGCCACGUCGCCUUCUGAAUCGAAAUAGGGGCUGCGGUGUGUGAUUUUUGUUUUUUUGCGCGUGUGCCACAUCUCUCUGCCCUGGCCCGAGCCCCUUACACUUAAUCACACUUUAAAUCCUUGCCAUCCACGUACAUAGCUUCAUUGGCCAUUCCACAUUCCUAAGUCCACAUUUGUAUUAUUGACUGCAACCCCCCCCCCCCCCCCCCGUGUCUCGCUGUCCGCAAUCGACCGCGCGCAUUUUAAUCUGGCCACUCGCACACAUUCAUAUUCCGACAGAGAUUCUCAUUGGCACUUUGCGGAUUCAAGUAGGCUCGUGGCGGCUGUUGGGUGAAAUAUUUGUUUCAAUCUUUAACUGCACGUGCAGAAAGUGAAGCUGCCUCGCGUGGGUCGCCUGCGCUACGGACUGCCGUCUGCGUUCACGCGAAGUGACUCGUAAUGUAAACCCAGCGAGUGUCCAAUAUGUGCGUGCAACCUCCCCACACCGGUGGCCAGGUGGGAUAGCUCGAGCCUUUCCAGAUGUCGGCAUUACAGAGCGUGGAGAUUAUGCGAAUCCUGCGUUUGAAAAGUAGAAGGCGUCAAAUAUUUUCAGCCGCUGGAAUGGGACAAUGCAAUUCCUCGUUAACAAGCAGGCGUACGGCUGGGUCAUUCAUUAGGCCUAUUCAAAUAGUCGACCCUUUGAAUUCAAAUUGCCCCUUGAUCUCUCUGGCUCCACAAGAGUGUACCCAUUCUAUCGCCUUUUUUAUAAGUCUCGUCAAAUGUUAAUGUUACAUUUGCCGUAAUGACGGCCGUGUCUGAAGAAGUUGUGGGACCGCGGCUGUGGUUGAAACCUGGAGGCGUUGGUGGAGACGACGACGAUGAUGAUGAUGAUGACGAGACCGAGGAGGGAGCUGCGAGGCUGUGGCAUUGACUCCGUCCAGCUCUACUUGAAACCAUUUAUAUUUUGAAUCUCUUGAUGGCGAUGUCAUUUUUUUUAUUUGUAAGCACAUGUAUGUUGGAUUUUAUGCCUUUGACGUGGAGGUUUACUCGAUCAGUUUCUGUUCCGUAUUUUUGUGUUCAUAUUUCUCCCUGCCCCGGCCUUUGCUCUCUCACUCCUCUUGCCAUCUGGCGCGUUGGCUCCCUGUCUGGAUUAUUACCCGUUCCCCCUCUCCGCCGUUUUCCCUGGCGAGGUGUCCCAGUAUUUUUUUUGUUACGUCCACCAAUGUCUUUGUGAUCCUUUGUCGAGGACCCAUAUUGCCCAAAUUCACGCACGGGAUUGGGGGUGGGGGGGGGUUGAGCUGCUGACGGUUUAAAUCCUGCCGACGUGCAAUUGCCGAUUGAUUUGUAUCGUACGUCUCUGUGAUGAUACUACUACGACUCUUGGAGGUGAUGAAGACGAUCAUCCCCUUACCUCUCUCAGCGUCUCACUGGCAGUUCAUGCCGACAGGAAUCGUCAGCGCGCACCGCUCCCCGUGCCGCCCUUCCCAACUUUAACUUGUGUAUUUUGUUAAUUGAUGAAAAUUACUUGAACCUGUUGUAAUCUUUACAAAGUAACCUUUAAAGGCGCGUUUAAAUAGCAAAAGACAGUUCUCCCCAAGUGUCGGUGUUUGAGAUGGGCGCGAGAUCGGUCGACAUUGUGACGCAUACAGUACCCACAGCGACUCGUUAAAACAAAACACACACAUCCACAGGAAUAUAGAUGUGCAAGAUGUUCGGUUUUCUAUGAAGGGGCUGACGUGUGGGGUUCGAGUAGGGAGUGUGGAGCAUCUUGUCAAGUAUUGUAAAUGCUAUUUCUGUUUCACACUGUGGGACUUAUUCCAAACUGGUGGUUCAGUUUUUUGGGGGGAAGCUGCAGGUUUCCACCCCCACCCGUUUUGGCAGGGGACCGGUCAUCGGCUGCCGGGGAUGGACGGGCCCCCACCGUGGAUGACUGCGCGCGCACACAAUGCCCCUCACCCUUGCACCCAAAACACAUGUGCGCGGUGUUAAUGAAGCCGUGGUGGUUGGUGGUGGUUGGUGGGGGGGGGAGAUCACAGGUCGUGGAGGAUCGGAGGAGGCCUUCGGCUGACCUCUGUGACCUCGCUUUGAAUGAAGCGUUGAGCAAGCGAGGUGCCGGGGGUGGGGUGGGGAGUAAAUCCGCUGAACCACCACCCCCCCCCACCGCUCCCAACUCUGCGCUGAUCAUGGCUCCUUGCCGACGAAGAUGAACGGCCACUGGACGAGAAGCGGACGAGCGGCGUACCUUCGGGAGGAGGAGGAGGAGGGGGGGGUGAAUCCCAAUUCCGUACGACGGCGAUUGCCUUUUGGUGUGGAGCUGUUGAUCUGUAGGGAUCGUGGUUUGUUGCGAGGUUACUUGGCGGGACUUUGUAAAAUAAAGUGCAUCAAAAUGUC